UGAACUAAAAAUACUGGACUGCAUGAUUUAGGGUAGGAUUGUUGGGCAGAUGGGAUGUUGCUGUCCCUAAGGUCCAGUAUCCCACACGUUUGAGGAUUGGAUAGUGUUAAUCCGUGUUGAACUACAGUCAGUUCCUGCAGCCUGUAGCUUCAUGGAGGGGUUUCCUGUCCACUGACCUCACGGGACCAGCAGCCAUGUCCGCUUGCAGCACCUUCACAGAGCACGUGUGGAAACCAGGCGAGUGCAAGAACUGCUUUAAACCAAAGAGUCUGCACUCUCUGUCUCAGAGUGGUGGGAGGAAGCCUCCCUCUGAGCAGAGGCCUACGACAAUUCAGCAACAGAAUCCACCCCCUGCGGGGGCCAGAGCCAACACUAACUUAACCAUCAACUCCCAGAGAGCUGGCAGUGGUUCUGCACCGCGCACAGGACACGUACGUCCCCCGGUGGCUAAGAAGCCAACUAUUGCGGUUAAGCCCACCAUGAUGCUGCCCUGCUCCUCUGCAGGACUGGAUUCAGAUGGCAAUUUACAAAGACCACCAAAUGUGAUAGAACAAGGCAACCUUUCAGCCUUCACUGUUUGGAAUCGCAAUGGAAUGAACCGUAAGAGGCCUGGUGGGCCCAGCAACAACAACGAAGGAGAGGAUGGAAGUGAGGAGAUUGAAGGUUAUGGACAAUUUAGCCCAAGGACCCCCAGUGGGAAUAACAACAGUGGACUUACAGAUGUCCUAAAGGAAAUCGCUGGGUUAGGCCCUGGCUUUAGCCCUGGCUUUAGCCCUGGCUUUAGCCCCACAAACCCUUCUGGUUCCAAGGACUUGUUUUGGGGACGUAUUAGUAGUUCAUACAGACGCUCCUUGGAAAGAGGCCUUCCAGCCUCCAGCUGUCGUGCCAUGGGAAGCAUCGGGUGUGGUGGUGGUGGCACUCCUCACAAACGGGUAUCCCUUAGCGAUGGCUCUAAGGUCAUCAGCACUGAGGGUGGUCGCUAUUGCUACCCCGAGUUUUCCAGUGAUGAUGAAGAGGAUGAUUAUGAUGAAGAGACUGAAAGGGAUGAUGAACAUGAGAGCUGGGAUGAAAGUGAUGAAGAGUUACUAGCCAUGGAGAUCCGUAUGCGAGGCCAACCACGUUUUUCUAUUUUCCGUGCCGCUACAUUGUCUCCGGUGCCCUUUGCUGCAGGUAAAAAGUGGAAUACUGUGCCACUUCGCAACCGCUCACUACAGCGGAUUUGUGCAGUGGACUAUGAUGAUAGCUAUGAUGAGAUCUUGAAUGGAUACCCAUCCCUGGACUCCAAUGGGGCGCUUCUUCCCUAUCUGACCCAUGACAUGCAAGGCAGUGGGUUCCUAUCAAACUCAGAGUCUACCACCUCUCCGGAAUCAUCCUCAUCGCUACCAGAAGAUUCUCGAACAACUUCCAGCAGUGGGAGCAGUGCUCCUUGUGCUCUUCGAAAUGGCUUGCAUUCUCCCAUAUCUCCUAAGGCACCUGUCCCCUGCACUUCGCCUCUAAAAAAGGAGCCCGUCCAGAAAGCACUGAGUCCCCUCAAGGUGACUGAAACACACAAGGCUGUCCUGGCCAUUAGGUUAGAAGACCAGGAAGGAAGAGAAGGCUUGCCUAUGCCCCAGGCCCUUCCAGGUCAACCAGUCACCAUCAGCUUUAGUCCCACAGAGGAGCAGGCUAAACCGUACCGUAUAGUGAAUUUGGAAAAAUCCCUAAUCUGUAAACCUUACACUGUAGUGGACGUGUCAGCAUCCAUGGCCAACAAAGAAGAGAAGACUUCAGACUCUACUCCAAAACUAAAAAAACUGUCAAUACCUACCAGCCCCACAUCAUUCUGUAACGCUCCUAAAGGUCAUCCCCUCUCUCCAACCUCCCCACUUUCUCCUUCUUCGCCUGGGAUGCCAACAUCCCCCACAUCUAUAGGUCUGCCAGGUAACUCCCGGAAGAAAUCGGGGAACAUACGCUACCAAGAAGUGUGGACAUCAAGCACAAGUCCUCGCCAAAAAAUACCUAAAGUGGAUCUAGGGGUUAGGAAUAAUGCUGGCCCCUCCAUCACUACUCAACACUGCAGCCACAAGUCAGCUCCCACUUCUCCCAUCGCUGGGCUACCUUCUUCACGAACUGUCCCUGUGAAAUCCUCCAACUUCUCAGAGAUUAAGUUUAACAGUUUCAAUAAUGCCGGCAUGCCUCCUUUUCCUAUUAUUAUUCGAGAUGAACCAGCUUACGCCCGCAGCUCCAAGAAUGCCGUUAAGGUACCAAUUGUUAUCAAUCCAAGUGCGUAUGACAACCUAGCUGUGUACAAGAGCUUCUUGGGACUCAGUGGGGAAAUCCCACAGCCAAAAGCGGUGGGCAGUAGAGUGGCCAGCCAUACCUAUGAAGAGAUUGGAUCCUGUGAGAGCGUCCAGUCCUCCUCCACAGAAAAAACUAUCUCUGGUCGAGGCACAUCAGAGCGAGCGUCUUCUGAAGAGACAAAAUGUCCACCUGAGGCAGCGUCAAAAGCCCCAAAUGUCCAACCUAGAACCACUACAGACUCUAGCACGGUGAAAAGCACUGUGGUGAGCUACACCGUUGGCGCCCUCUCGCCCACUACACAAACAAAUUCCCCUGCAAUUCUUGCCAAUACUGCAAAUCUACCUAAAGCCAGCCCAACUGCCAAUGCUGUUACACAUACUUGCAAGACAAGUGGAGACAAUAAAGCUGAUCAUACAGACUUAGCUUUGUCUUCUGUGGCAGUGGUAAGCCAAAGGGAGGAGGCCAGUGCUGUGCUUUUACAGAUUGUGGCUUCCAUUCAUCCUCCCUUGUCUCCUCCAGAGUCGCCCUCCGCACAAGCCUACACCGACAGUUCUGAGGAGCUGUAUGCCCUCCCACCUGAUGCCAUGAAGGAGACCCUCACCCGACCCAAGUCUCUCUUUUCAACACCCGAUGGCUGUCUUUCCAAACCCAAGAAGGAAACGCCCACAAAAGUGUUAUCUAAAUCCCAGAGUGCCUCUGCUGCUGUCCCACUCUCCAGCCCCCGGUCAGAGCCCAAUGCCCCCUUCCCUCCUCCUAGAUCUACGUCUUCCCCUUACCACGCAUCUAACAUCCUACAAAGACAUUUUGGCAACUGGACCAAGAGCUCUGCCUCCAGUUCUCCUGUACGACCAAGUGAAGGGGAAGCGAGUCCAGGUGUAGAGGGGAGACGUAUUUCAAAUGAAAGCGCCAAACCCAAGCGCUGGAUCUCCUUUAAGAGCUUUUUCCGUCGGCGGAAAGACGAGGAUGAGCAGAGAGAGAGGGCGGAGAAAGAGAAGGAAAAAGGGAAGAUAGUUGGGCUUGAUGGAACAGUCAUUCACAUGCUUCCACCACCACCGAUCCAACAGCACCACUGGUUCACCGAGGCCAAGCCAGAGGAUCCCACCCAGAAGCCGACAAUCAUCUUCACCUACAAACCAGAAAAUGGCAGCACCCCAGGUGAAGAGGAGGGAGAACUACGAGUGGAGGAGUGUAGAGAAAAUGCACUGCUGACAUCUGAUGAGAGUAAGGAAUGCAGACCUCUGAUCCCCGGACGAACCACACCCUCUCACAACACUGGAAGUGAUGUCAUCAGCAAGGAUCUCAGCCAGGUACCAGUCAGUGGCAGCGCUGCCAGGGAUGGGGGGGGGCCAGGCGCCUCCCUGCCUGCCAAAGUGAAUCUGGGGCUGCUGCUCGGGGAGGGAGAGGAGGGUCCGGCCAACCAGGUCUCCACGGCAGCCUCAGCCAGCGAGGGCAGUGCCAGCCUCGGAGAGCCCGAGGACGACGGGAAUCACUCCCCCGCCUCCAGCCAAUGCAGCGCCACAUACAGCAACCUGGGUAAGAAGAACACAUCACAUUUGAAUU